ACCAAUCCGCGUUAAGCUCCGCGCUCCGACAACAAACAAAAGAGCCAGGCUAAAGUGAGCUCAUUACGGACCAGGUUUAGUCCCCGCGGAGCCCGUCCCAGCCCGCUCCGUGGACUCUCCAGCCCCUCCGCCGCCAACACUUCACCCGCACCGAUCCACGCCGAGUCCAGCCUCCGGACCGUCUCUGCUCUGGCUCAUGUCAAGCCCAGACAUCUGAGGAUCUCUGCACCUUUAACCAUUAGCCAGGUUAGCUCCGUGCUAACGGUGGCUCACGGAGGCACUGCUCUGUCUGCGCGCUCAGAGAAAAGCUGACACUGACUGGGCCACUGGACUCGGGCUUGUUGCUGACAAGCCGAUCCGAGCGCUGAGGUGAAGAUGUCGGGGCAGACAUCGGGCUGUGGGUUCCUCAUGUCGGUGGUGGUUCACGGAGACUCAACUCUGAACGAGCAGGAAAAGGAGCUGAACCAACGGCUACGGCGUCUGUACCCCGCCGUGAAUGAAAACGAGACCCCGCUGCCUCGCUCCUGGAGCCCCAAAGACAAGUUCAGCUACAUCGGCCUGUCCCAGAACAACCUCCGGGUUCAUUAUAAAGGUCAUGGCAAAACACCUAAAGACGCUGCGUCGGUGAGGGCCACUCACCCCAUCCCCGCCGCCUGUGGGGUUUACUACUUCGAGGUCAAGAUCAUCAGCAAGGGUCGCGACGGGUAAGUGUCUAUCACCACUUCCUUUACUACU